UCAGCCACAUCACAUGACCCAGAGGCAGCAAUCCCGUGACGCGUGAGCUCAACCUCCAGCUCCGAGCGAGAUAGCGCAGAUAUACAAGAUACAAGACCUUGAAGCCGAUAUCAUUGCUUAGACCUGGGCUCUUGAGACAUUCCUUCUCUUACUGCUGCAUCCCACCCUGUUAUCUCCCUCACAACUGUUCUUCCUAUCCCACUACACCUCCCGAAUCCCUCUCCUCCCAUCAUUAGUCGCAGACCACAGCUCCAGAUAUGACGUCCAUAGGCACCGGCUACGAUCUUUCGAACUCUAUCUUCUCUCCCGAUGGCAGGAAUUUCCAGGUCGAAUACGCAGUGAAAGCAGUAGAGAACGGCGGCACAUCCAUAGGAAUUAGAUGCAAAGAUGGCGUUGUUCUGGCCGUUGAGAAGAUCAUAACGUCCAAACUCCUCAAACCCGGCGCUAAUAAGCGCAUAUUUACCGUCGAUAGACAUAUUGGAAUUGUAUCCUCAGGCCUCCUUCCCGACGGCCGGCAUUUCGUAUCCAGAGCCAGAGACGAAGCCGACGAUUGGAGAUUUACAUACAAAGGCCCCAUUGCCACACAUGUCCUCGCUAGCAGAUUAGGCGGUUAUGCACAAGCAUAUACCUUAUACUCCAGCGUGCGGCCGUUUGGUGUCACCUCUAUCAUUGGUGGCUGGGAUUCGGAGCUGGAGCUCCCCGUGGACGGACAGGUGGGAUCCGGCCCCAAGUCUGGCGCUGGUGGGAAGGUUGCGAAUUCCAAGGCUGGUGGGCCAGGGUUGUAUAUGAUUGAGCCGAGUGGGCUUUACUGGGGCUACUACGGCGCCGCAACAGGCAAGGGGCGCCAAGCUGCCAAAGCUGAGCUAGAGAAACUUGACCUGGCCUCAGGUAACUUCACACUACUAGAAGGUGUCAAGGAGGCCGCCCGUAUCAUAUAUGUUGCGCAUGAGGAUAGCAAGGAUAAAGACUUUGAGCUGGAGAUGACGUGGAUUAGUGCUGCGGAUGGGCCAACGAAGGGCCGCCAUGAGGAGGUGCCGAAGGAGUUGCUUGAAGAGGCUAUUCGGGAUGCUAAGAAGGCUAUGGAGGGAGAGGAUGAGGACGAGGAAGAGGAGAAGCAAGGGGAGGGUGAGGGCGAUAAGAUGGAGGAGUAGUGGAUUUUGGGUUUGGUUCUCUUUAAUGUCGUGUUAAUCCAAGAAAUAUUUUGUCUGCAAAGUUGAGCUCUUUUUUCAUGGUUGUGCGCUGCGCUCUACUUUCUUAUAAGAUCCUCUAGAUAUAAAAAAAUAAAAAAAUAAAAUAAAAAAAUAAAUCUUUCGAUUGUCU